AUGGACGCACCACCAGUCACCAUCUACAACCUCCCAACUAGCCCAGCCAGGUGGGACUGGGUUGGAGUAUUCUACGUUGACUUUUGCGUCGUUUGGACCCUCCUGGUUCUUCUUGGUAUGGCUUUCUGCUGGAAAAACCGCAGCAAUCCAUUACUCAGACUCCGCGGCCUCCUUCUUUCGUUUUCUGCGAUUGUUCUCCUUCACAUCUACUGGAUCCUCGGUCAGAUCGUGUACACUGUCGGGCCUACCAUACCUAUAGUUCUGGCAUACGACAUACAGUACUUCUUCAUGGGAAUCUGGUUCCCUCUCGGCAUUGCUCUUUUCCACGCUAGCAACAGCCGACUUCUUCAUGUAGCUAAGCUGCAAAAGAAGUAUAGCAGCGCACGCUUGAGAGACCAGUUUAAUGCGGUUAUCCUAACAGUCGGCAUGUGGUUAGCAUGUCGCAAAUACCAUCCUACCUAUGGUAUUCCGGGUACCGAGAUCAAGAGUCAGACACUUCCUGAGCAAAUAGUUGAGUUGGGCCGGGGCUGGGAGUGGUGGCCCUCUGUACUCUGGCAAGUAGUUUGGACAUGGAUGGUUGCACCCUUUCUGCUUUGGAGGACAUGGAACAUCCGCGAUACUACGGGGUGGCGAACCCAAACGAUCGGCUGCUGCCUCUCCAGCCUACACGCAACGCCUAUGUUCUUGAUUGCAAGCUAUGUACCAGCGUUCGCGCCUGUCAACUUCUACUUCCCUCCAAGCUCAUGGAUUCACGUCUCAAUCUUUCUUAUCGAGAUCUUUGCUGUUUUCGUCCCUGCGUUCCAAGUCAUCAAACAACGUAUCCUCGUCAAGCGCAUCGAAAGUCUGAAUGUCGAGUGGUAUGCCACGUCCUCAACGUCCACUCUCCAAGAGCUCAAUGAUCUACGAAGAGGUUCUCAGGUAGCUACUCGUCUCGGCGAAAAGGGAGGAUAUGAAUCGUCAGAUCAAGAGAUGAAAGAUACCCUUUUGACCAUCAGCGCCUUCAACUACACCCUCAACAGCAAUCCUGGACCCCUCCAAGACUUCUCAGCUCUGAACGACUUUUCUGGAGAGAAUAUUUCUUUCUUGACUGAGGUUACUAGGUGGAAGAUCUCGUGGCGUGCAGAGCCAGACGAGGCAGAUGUUCGCGAUGCGUACAAUGCUGGACUGGAUAUAUAUGCCACCUUCAUCAGUCCUCGCGAUGCCGAGUUCCCACUGAAUCUUGGAUCCGCAGAUCUCAAGUACAUGGAAAAGAUGUUCGAAGCAGCUGCACGAGAGACAUUUGGACAAACGAACGUGCACCCAGCUGUACCGUUUGAAACCACGAUGUCCCUUGAGUCAGCACCAACUUUAGUCAUGGAGAGGCCUAACUAUAGUGGGAUUAUCCCUGCCGAGUUCGGACCUAAUGUCUUCGAUUCCAUUGAGCAACACAUCAAGUAUCUCGUUUUGACGAACACAUGGCCAAAGUUUGUCAAGGAAAUGCAGUCACGGAGGCGCUCUGGGGAAACAACACGGAGUGGCUAUUCGGCUUCAUCCGAGACAUCUAUUGUCAGUCGACUUUCAAGCAAGAUGUCCAAACUCUUCUAUCAUAUUGGCUAA